GGCAGCUCACCCCACCCCUGCAAGAUAGAGAAGUUCAAGUUAAUCGUAUGAACGAAAGUAGAGGAUAUUGGUUCAUAUUGCAUCCGAACGAUUUCACGUAGCCUACGCGUACUACAAAGUAUGGCAGAGACGAAGGGCAGGACCUCUGAACUCCUCCUCAGCUCUGAGCAGUUCAAGACAGAGAAGCUGAAGGACAGAGACAACAUAUACACCAUCAUGGCCCCAGCCAACAGGACGCGCAUGGCUCUGCUGAUCACCAACGUGCGCUUUGACCGCUUCAAUCAUCGGGAUGGUGCUGAGAAAGACGAGCAGGAUAUGAGCAAACUGCUGAUCUCACUGGGAUACAACGUGGAGCAACACAGAGACCUCAGUGGAGCGGAGAUGGACGAGGCUGUCAAAAGGUUUUCUAAAGACCCCCGUCUGGCCGCGACAGACUCUGUCUUUGUGGUCAUCAUGUCCCAUGGGGUGAAGGGAGCCAUUUUAGGCGUCCAUCACUGCGAUGGAGACCCCGACCAGUUCCCCAUUGACAAUAUCUACAAACACUUGGAUUCGGCUCAUUGUCCAAAACUGCUCAACAAACCCAAAGUCAUCAUCAUCCAAGCCUGCAGAGGAGUGGAUGAUGGCUCUGCGAUAGUCUGCGAUGGGCCUGGGUCUGUCCCAGAGCAGGCCCCGGUAGUGCAGGUGGAUGCGGCCCUCCCACCUCACCUGGCAGAUGAAGUGGACGCAGACAUCGAGGAGGAUGCUAUUCACAGGGUGCACAAAGAAAAAGACUUUAUUUCACUUCUGUACACGGUGUCGUAUAGACAAAAAAGCCAAGGUUCUUUUUUAAUCCAACACAUUGUGGAGAUCUUCAACCGCCACGCACACAAGGACCACAUCGACGAACUCUUCAGAAAGGUCCUGAAGCGUUUUGAAGAUGAGCCACCUUCAGCAGAUACAAGACAGAUGGCUGUCAAAGAACGAAGCACCUUAACCAGAAUGUUUUACCUCUUCCCAGGGCCGGAUCUGUCCGAUAAGCAGCUCCUGGAGGUGGCCCAAAGGCUGGGACAGGAGUGGGAGCCGGCUGCCAUCCACCUGGGGCUGAAGACAGAAGAUCUGGAGGCCAUCAAGGCAAAACAUAGAUCUGUGGCCAUGCAGAAGCUGCAGAUGUUGGUGCUGUGGAAGCGCCGAAGACCACCAGGAGAGGCCACAGCUCUGGACCUGCUGGAAGGUCUGAAAGACCUGGAGGACCUACCGGACAAUACUCCUCUGUCAUUAAUCGGGGAACUUCAAAGGAUCCGUUCUGAAUUUGUGACGAUAGUUACAACCUCAGUUAUCAAAGGUCUCCUGAAUGAUCUUUGGCAGCAGCACGUGUUCAGUACUGAGGAAACUGAAUAUAUGAUGGAGGACUUCACAACAAGUGCAGACAUGGCACGUUGUCUGAUCAAAAUGGUGAUCGGGAAAGGGGAGAGAGCAAGUCACAUAAUGAUUGACAGUAUGAAGAAAAGGGACCCUGACUUAUGCUCCACCCUGGGUCUGAUCUCUUCUCCUGCUGGUGUGGGACAUGGGGACGACAAGAUGCUAGUAAAGCCGAAGGAACCAACGUUUCUUUCAAGGGGGGAACUUCAAAGGAUCCGUUUGGAAUUUGUGAAGAGAGUUACAACCUCAGUUAUCAAAGGUCUCCUGGAUGAUCUUUUGCAGCAGCACGUGUUCAGUACUGAGGAAAAGGACUAUAUGAUGGAGGACUUCAGCACAAGAGCAGACAGGGCACGUUGUCUGAUCGACAUGGUGAUGACGAAAGGGGAGAGAGCAAGUCACAUAAUGAUUGACGGUAUGAAGAAAAGGGACCAUCACCUAUGCUCCACCCUGGGUCUGAUCUCUUCUCCUGCUGGUGUGGGGCGCAAUCUGUCCGAUAAGCAGCUCAGGAAGGUGUCUGAAAUGCUGGGACAGGAGUGGGAGCUGGUGGCCAUCCACCUGGAGCUGACCACCAUAGAUCUGGACGUCAUCAAGGCAGACAGACAGACGGAUGUGGCCAUGCAGAAAUACAAGAUGUUGGUGCGGUGGAGGGGCCAAAGACCACCAGGAGAGGCCACAGCUCAGGACCUGCUGAGAGGCCUGGAAGACCUGGGGGACCUACCGUUCAAGACUCGUCUGUUAUUGACAGAUUAUUGGACCGGCGAGGAGUUACCAAAUCUAUUGGAAAGAUUCCUAAACCAGUUCCAGAGGUCCAACGAGAAUGAGAGCCAUAUGCACGCUGUGUCCUCCACUGAAUCCAACACCCCUGGGUCUGCUCCACAACUCCCUCAAGCAACAGAGGAAGAGGAAGAGGAUACACCAUAUCCCAUGAAGGCUCAACCGAAAGGCUACUGCUUGAUCGUCAACAACUUUGACUUCAGCGAUUCCGGUCGGAACCUAGGUCAACGGAUGGGGACAGACAUUGAUAAAGAGAGCCUGAGGAGUGUGUUCAGCUGGCUGGGCUUCAAGGUUAAGGUGCUGCGGGACCUCACCAGAGCCCAGAUGCUCUCCUCCAUGCGGGAGCUGGCCAGCAGGGACCACAGUUGGAUGGACUGCGUGGCUUGCGUGGUACUGAGCCACGGCCUGGAGGGCGGCGUGUACGGGGUGGACGGGAAGGUGGUCCAGCUGAAGGAGCUCGCUGACUUCCUGAAUGGGGUAAGGUGCGCCUCUCUGAGAGGGAAGCCCAAGCUGUUCUUCAUCCAGGCCUGCCAGGGCAACAAGAGGGAGCAGGCGGUCCCCGUCCUGGACAACAGACCCGCCCCCCCAGAGGUCAACGACCAAACCGACGGACCCAGUAGCACUGGGGACCACACCCAGACGGACGGACCCAGCAGCACUGGGGACCACACCCAGACGGACGGACCCAGCAGCACUGGGGACCACACCCAGACGGACGGACCCAGCAGCACUGGGGACCACACCCAGACGUACGGAACCAGCAGCACUGGGGACCACACCCAGACGUACGGACCCAGCAGCACUGGGGACCCCUGCAGCGACGCCGUGGAGGAGUGGAUACCCACCUCGGCAGAUUUCCUGACCGCCAUGGCUACCACUCCCUCCUAUCUCUCUAUGAGAGACGAGGACCAAGGCUCCUGGUUCAUCCAGUCCUUGUGCCAUAACCUUGUGAAGUUGGUUCCUGGUGGCAAAGACUUAGCCAGGAUCCUGACGACGGUUAACAAAAAUGUGAGCAAGAAGUCCAACCGCAUCGGCGGACGCAGACAGAUGCCCCAACAUCAAACCUCUCUGCGGACAGAUCUGGUCUUCCCCGUCCCUGAAGACCCUCCUCCCCGUCUGCCCACCAGUCCCUAGCUACCAAGGCUCUGCUCCAAUUGGUCGACUGGUGCUGUCACGUUAAAAUUGUACCGGGGGCGAAAAUUGUACCGGCCUACGUCAUCGUUUGUUUACAUCCUGACAACCUGACAACCUGCCCUGCAACAGACGAC